GGGCGGCCCCCGCCGGCCUGGGCGGCGCCUCGCGGGCGGCACCCGCCGGCUUGGCCGCGGCGCCUCGGGCGGACCCCGCCGGUCCUCAUGGCACAAUUUUGGCAGGGGCCCAUGCUGCCUAGAGGUUGCUUGCCGGCGCCGCCGGCCAGGGGAACUUGGGCGGCGCGGCCUGGGCCGGCAUCGCCGCGCAGGAAGGGCCCCUCGGCGCCGUCAGUCAAGGGCCCUUGGGCGCCGACGGUGAAGGGCCCCUCGGCGCCGGCGGUCAAGGGCCCGUGGGCGCCCGCACCUGGGGGGAGGGUUGGGGGGCGAGGAAGAAGGCGACGGGGAGAUGGCCGGCGGCGGACGAGGUGGCCUGGGCGGCGGCGCAAGAGGUGUACUGGGCAGCGGCGCAAGAGGUAUAGGUCGCAGGGGCGCCGCAGCCAUGUCACGCACCAGGGGUCGUGGCCGUGUUAGCCAGGGCGGCGGCCGUGACCGUGGCCGUGUGGCCGAGCUUGGCAGCGACGAUGUGGCCGGGCUAGGCGGCGAGCCCAUCGGCCAGGAUGUUGCCGCCGCCGCUGCACAACACUCAGGCGUGAAGAAGACAUCAAAGAGAAAAGCUUCUGACACGGAAAGUGAGAGCGAUAGUGAUGACUCCAAUGAUGAAAGCGAGGUCUUUUGGAAUCUUAUGUUGGGUGCUGCAGAAAUUGCACAAAUAUAUUCUGACCUUUACCUUGUUAAAAACCCACCAAGGACAUCUGGUGUAAGUGGAACAGGAUGGUUGCUAGAGACAAUGAAAAGUCCUGGAGAAUGUCAUAGACAACUACGUAUGAACAAUGAAAUCUUCUUGGAUCUUCAUGGUGUGUUGGUGGGAAGGUAUGGGCUGCGACCUUCUAUGCACAUUAGCACAAAAGAGAUGCUUGCUAUGUUUCUAUACACAUGUGCUGGAAAUGAGUCUAAUAGGAGAGCUCAAAAUAGAUUUAAGCAUUCUGGCGAAACUAUUAGUAGGAAAUUUGAUGAGGUGCUAAAUGCUUUGAUGGCUAUGGCGAAAGAUUUCAUUCGACCAAAGAAUCCCAACUUCCCCACAGUCCAUAAGAGGAUAAGAGAUGACAAACGUGCAUAUCCACAUUUCAAAGAUUGCAUUGGUGCACUUGAUGGCACUCAUAUCCGUGUUGCUCUUUCACCUGAUGAGCAAGUGAGAUAUAUUGGAAAGACCGGGGUAGCCACUCAAAAUGUACUAGCGGUAUGCGACUUUGACAUGCGUUUCACUUAUGUUUCCACGGGACAACCUGGAGCUAUGCAUGAUACAAGUGUGUUGUACAAUGCACUCAGAGUGGAUGAAGAAUUUUUUCCACAUCCUCCACAAGGCAAAUACUACGUUGUGGAUGCGGGAUAUCCUAAUCGUCCUGGCUACCUCGCUCCUUACAAGGGUGAAAGGUAUCAUUUACCGGAAUGGCAUAGAGGUAUUGAACCUAAGACGCCUAUGGAAAGGUUCAAUCGGGUUCACUCAUCUAUCCGCAAUGUGAUUGAGCGAUCUUUUGGACUAUUAAAAAUGAAGUGGCAAAUUCUUUGGAAGAUGCCACCAUAUCCCAUGUACAAGCAAAAGAUGAUUGUUGUGGCUACCAUGGUCCUUCACAAUUUCAUUCGUGAGCAUGGAGGUCAAGAUGAAGACUUUGCUCGGUUUGAUCGUGAUCCUAAUUUUGUUCCUACAAUACCGGAAAGAUAUAACAAAUAUGCAGUUUCGCAAGCGGCGUCAGAUGGGUCAACUUCCGCACUCAAUGCGCCAACUAUGGAUGUCUUUCGUGAUGAGCUAGCCACCGCACUCUCUCUUGCUUGGAACUAGUUUGUAUUGGAAAGAUUGAUUUUGUACCGUAUUUGUUGGGACCUUUCAUUCGGUACAACGUUAUUUGGUUCAAUAUUUUUUGCCAUGUGAAAAAAAAUGA